UUGGGUGCGCAGUGUUGCCAGCCACACAGCCACGUCAGGCCUGUAGCAACCGCUCGUCUUCUGCUGCCUCACCAAGGUUAGAGACAGGCCCGCCUGAGUGGCUGGAAACACACAAGGAAACAGACUCUGGGAGACGGGUUGAAGCCUCUUCACCGGGAAGGAAGUUUUUGUUUUUUUUCCCCACCAUCCACAUCGUCUCCGGUGCAGAAGCGCAAAGUGUUGGCUGCGAAAUCGUCAUCGCGGACACCGACGACGUGUAUUAGGUCUCUAUAGGGGAGGCUGUGCAGCUAAGGGGAAGAUCAUUAUCGCUGGUGCUUGAUGGAAACGCGCAAUCAUAAGAAAUGGUUGCACUUGGAGGACAUCCGUGAAUGCGGUCGUUUCCUCCCGACAUCGGCGCGUCAAACAGGAGUCCCCUGCAAGCUCGACUCCCGGCUGGGUGUGAAGUGUUCACUGUGCACCGCUGCGCUGCUGGAGUGAAGGUGACUUGAGCUCCUGUAGCAGUGGAGGCAAUGCGGAGAGGAGCCACAGGCGCUCACUCCCUACUUCUCCUGCACCCUCAGGCUCGUCUGCAAAAAAAAGAUUCGCUCCUUCUCCAAUAUUAAAGGGGAGGAACGUCAAAGAUAGACCAGGGCGACAAGGCGGAGGGGAUCUGAGUCCAAACGGAGAUUAAGGUGAACAUAAGGUGCAGGGCGGUGAGGCAGGAAGGGGGAGCAGCUAAGUGCUGGAGUUUUGGGGGGAUCGGACAAAAAAAAAAUCGUUCUGUCUUAGGGUUGUUUUAGUAGUGGAUGUGUAUGCAUGAGUUCUGCAUCGAAUGGGCGCAAAAACCGCCCCAGACCCGCCGGGAACAUCUUCCAGAUCGGCAAGCCUCCUUACCGAGAUCCACAGAGGAGGGAGAGCACCGAAAGUACCCGCAAAGCUCAACGCGCCGUGGCCGACUGCAGAAUGAUAGUCCAAGAAUUCAACACACUUGUGGCUCUGUACCGUGAACUGGUCAUCUCCAUUGGCGAAAUCACUGUGGAUUGUCCUUCCUUACGGGCCGAAAUGCUCAAGACCCGAACUAAAGGCUGCGAAAUGGCGAGAGCGGCGCACCACAGUCUCUCCUUGAUCUCGGGGCCGGAGGAUGGGGAAAUCCAUCCGGAGAUCUGCAGGCUCUUCAUCCAGCUGCAGUGCUGUCUGGAGAUGUACAUCACGGAGAUGCUGAAAUCAGUCUGCCUGCUGGGAUCUCUGCAGCUUCACAGGAAAGGUAAAGAUUCACGCAGCCUUCCUGGUGUGGACAGUCGGACUGAGGACUCUGACAUCCCCAUCCUGGAGGACACGUCCUCCUCCCCCACUGAAUGUUCUCAGCUCUGCUUGCAAGUGGCCACUGACAUAGAAAACAUAGAAAAGGAUAUGAGAGAGAUGAAGAACCUUCUCAGUAAACUCAGGGAGACGAUGCCUUUACCACUGAAGAACCAAGAUGACAGCAGCUUGCUAAAUCUGACUCCCUACCCACUUGUCCGACAGAGGAAGAGGCGGUUCUUUGGGCUCUGUUGCCUGGUAACCAGCUAAGGGCCCCACCUUCGUACGUAGGAGGCGGCAACAAAGACACCAUUACCCACCGUCUGUCACCACUUGUGUCUGUCACCAAUCUAUUACUGCCAUUUUCAAAUAAAUAGUCUCUUGCUCUUUUUUUCAAAGGCUACCCAUUUUAUAAUUUUAUUUUGUAAUACAAAGAAGAAUUGUAACUGCAUUGUAAUGAAAAGAAAACCCAUGAACAUAUAUUUUAAGAUAUUUUGCAGAAGCUUUUCACCUUUUUGUUUUCCUUUGGUAGGUUAUAUUCGCUUGUCCACUGCAAGAGAGAAUGAAUUAUGUGAAAUAUUGUCUGUCCUCAAUUACCUCCAUAAUCUAGAGUGAAUGAUGAAAAGAUUCAUGUAUAAAAAAGGGAAUAUAAAUGUCUGUUUUUGUCAGAAAUUAGGUGAUAACUUAUGACUAGAUGCCAUUUUUGAGGAUGGCACUUGCAAAGACAAAGUUAUACCUUCGUCUGUCUAGGAUGAGAUUGCAGGUUUCUGCAGAAGAGGCCUGUUGCGUAUUACUGUCUCUGUUUUAUGUUUCUUGUUGUUUUUUCCUCUUAAUAUAUUUAAUUUAGUCUUCCAUAAAACAGGAACCUUUAUCGUACAUAAACUUUCCAGCUUCAAAGUGGAAUAAAUGAUAUAAUACUCAAACAAAUAAAAACUUCUUUGCACACUAUACCUAGCUAUGAAUCGAGACAUUAGACUUGUAUAUACACAUACUCUUUACUCAAUGCUCUGAAUUAUUCUCAAACUUGAAGGAGAUUAGCAAAAAAAGUGUUUUGCGGGGGUAUGUGGAAAAGAUUUUGUCCUGAUUGUGGCUGUUAUGCAGACACAGGACACGUAAUAUGGGUAUCACUCGUUGAGGAUGGCUUUCGAAACUAAUGGCAACGUGAAGACAUGCUAGUCAAAACUGU